AUGGCAAACGUCGCAAGCACAUAUUCUGAUCCUAUCCACAUUGCCGUCAUUGGCGGCACUGGUCUGCAGUCGCUGCCCGGCUUCACGCUCGCCGCCUCCCUCAACGUCGAUACACCGUGGGGCACUCCCUCAUCGCCCAUCAGCGUGCUGCAUCACAAGUCGCCCUCCACCGGCAAGGACAUUCCCAUCGCCUUCCUCUCUCGCCAUGGACUUCACCAUGAGAUUGCACCUCACGAGGUUCCCGCUCGCGCCAACAUUGCUGCUCUGCGCUCGCUGGGUGUGAGAACCAUUAUCGCCUUCUCGGCGGUGGGAAGUCUGCAGGAGGAAAUCAAGCCCAGAGAUUUCGUGGUGCCUGAUCAGGUUAUCGAUCGUACCAAGGGCAUUCGUCCGUUCACUUUCUUCGAGGAGGGUAUGGUUGGGCAUGUUGGCUUUGCAGACCCCUUUGAUGAGAAGUUGGGUGCUGUAGUGAGAAAGCUUGGUCACAGCCUCGAGGGCGAGAAUGUGCAUCUUCACGACAAGGGCACUAUUAUUUGCAUGGAGGGCCCUCAAUUCUCCACCCGCGCCGAAUCACACAUGUACCGCUCCUGGGGUGGUAGCGUCAUCAACAUGUCUGUCUUGCCCGAAGCCAAGCUAGCAAAGGAAGCAGAAAUCGCCUACCAGAUGAUUUGCAUGAGCACCGACUACGACUGCUGGCACAGCAGCGAAGAUGUUACUGUCGAAAUGGUCAUGGGCAACAUGAAGGCCAACUCUGAGAAUGCACGCCGCUUUGUUGGUGGUGUGCUUGAUGAGUUGAGCAGAGAGGAGCAUGCAGAGUUGAUCCAGGCAAAGCAUUUGGAGGGUCAGACCAAGUUUGCCGGUGGCAUUACUGCACCUGCUGGGCGUAAGGAGGCUGCUAAGCAGAAGUUGGGUUGGUUGUUCCCUGGUUAUUUCGAGUAA